UUUACCUGUGAUUGUAGCUGCUCAGAGCAACCUAUUGACAGCUGCUAUGUUAUUUUUUGUUUCUGUUUUUGUUAGGAGUUUUUAUUUGUUCAUGUCUCCGUCUGUCUGUCUGUCUGUCUGCACAUCCUGCACGCACGUGUUCCACUUCAAUUUGGUUUCGUUUGAAUUUUUAAGCAGAAACUGGCACACAUUAUAGAAACCAAAACAGCAACCUCCUUGGAAAAGGCGCCUGGAAAAGCAAAUAAUCGUGAUGAGAUCUGACUUGAGUAAACUGAAAGAGAUGACAGAAAAAAGGCUAAGAAGCAAGAAAACAAGGGAGGAACUGAACGAGAAAUACAAAGUACAAGAGAGGGGACUAAACAACACAAUAGAAGAUGUAAAACAGAGGCUUAAGGCCAAAGCACAUAAGAUCCAACGGUACAUGAAAAGGAAUAAGGGAUACCAACAGAACAAACUAUUCGGAACCAACCAGAAAAGACUAUACAGCCAACUAAGAGGGUAAGACAACCACCAAGAAAUUCCUGAAGCCGAACCAAGUAAGAGACAUAUGGAGCAAUCCGGUAUCACACAACAAACAUGUAACAUGGCUCCAGGAAGUCAAGGAAGAAGAAACAGGGAGAAUAAAACAAAGAUUCACAGAGAUCACGACAGACACAGUCAGACACCAACUAAAGAAAAUGCCAAACUGGAAAGCCCCAGGUCCCGAUGAAGUCCAUGGAUACUGGCUCAAAAACUUCAAGGCCCUACACCCACGAAUAGCAGAACAACUCCAGCAUUGUAUCUCAAAUCACCAUGCACCUAAAUGGAUGACCACAGGAAGACAUCCUUAGUACAAAAAGACAAGAGUAAGGGAAAUAUAGCCAGUAACUACAGGCCUAUCACCUGCCUACCAAUAAUGUGGAAGUUACUAACAGGUAUCACCAGUGAAAGGCUAUACAAUUACCUAGAGGAGACAAACACCAUCCCCCACCAACAGAAAGGCUGCAGAAGGAAGUGUAGGGGCACAAAAGACCAGCUCCUGAUAGACAAAAUGGCAAUGAAGAACAGUAGAAGAAGGAAAACCAACCUAAACAAGGCAUGGAUAGACUAUAAGAAAGCCUUCGACAUGAUACCACACACAUGGCUAAUAGAAUGCCUGAAAAUAUAUGGGGCAGAGGAAAACACCAUCAGCUUCCUCAAAAAUACAAUGCGCAACUGGAAUACAAUACUUACAAGCUCUGGAAUAAGACUAGCAGAGGUUAAUAUCAGGAGAGGGAUCUUCCAGGGCGACUCACUGUCCCCACUACUCUUCGUGGUAGCCAUGAUUCCCAUGACAAAAGUACUACAGAAGAUGGAUGCCGGGUACCAACUCAAGAAAAGAGGCAACAGAAUCAACCAUCUGAUGUUCAUGGACGACAUCAAGCUGUAUGGUAAGAGCACCAAGGAAAUAGAUGCCCUAAUCCAGACUGUAAGGAUUGUAUCUGGGGACAUCAGGAUGGAGUUUGGAAUAGAAAAAUGCGCCUUAGUCAACAUACAAAAAGGCAAAGUAACGAGAACUGAAGGGAUAAAGCUACCAGAUGGGAGUAACAUCAAACACAGAUGAGACAGGAUACAAAUACUUGGGAAUAAUGGAAGGAGGGGAUAUAAAACAUCAAGAGAUGAAGGACACGAUCAGGAAAGAAUAUAUGCAGAGACUCAAGGCGAUACUCAAGUCAAAACUCAACGCCGGAAAUAUGAUAAAAGCCAUAAACACAUGGGCAGUGCCAGUAAUCAGAUACAGCGCAGGAAUAGUGGAAUGGACGAAGGCAGAACUCCGCAGCAUAGAUCAGAAAACCAGGAAACAUAUGACAAUACACAAAGCACUACACCCAAGAGCAAAUACGGACAGACUAUACAUAACACAAAAGGAAGGAGGGAGAGGACUACUAAGUAUAGAGGACUGCGUCAACAUCGAGAACAGAGCACUGGGGCAAUAUCUGAAAACCAGUGAAGACGAGUGGCUAAAGAGUGCAUGGGAAGAAGGACUAAUAAAAGUAGACGAAGACCCAAAAAUAUACAGAGACAGGAGAAUGACAGACAGAACAGAGGACUGGCACAACAAGCCAAUGCACGGACAAUACAUGAGACAGACUAAAGAACUAGCCAGCGAUGACACAUGGCAAUGGCUACAGAGGGGAGAGCUCAAGAAGGAAACUGAAGGAAUGAUAACAGCGGCACAAGAUCAGGCCCUAAGAACCAGAUAUGUUCAAAGAACGAUAGACGGAAAUAACAUCUCUCCCAUAUGUAGGAAGUGCAAUACGAAAAAUAAAACCAUAAACCACAUAGCAAGCGAAUGCCGGCAUUUGCACAGAACCAGUACAAAAAGAGGCAUGAUUCAGUGGCAAAAGCCCUCCACUGGAGCCUGUGCAAGAAACACCAGCUACCUUGCAGUAAUAAGUGGUACGAACACCAACCUGAAGGAGUGAUAGACAACGAUCAGGCAAAGAUCCUCUGGGACUAUGGUAUCAGAACGGAUAGGGUGAUACGUGCAAAUAGACCAGACGUGACGUUGAUUGACAAAGUCAAGAAGAAAGCAUCAGUCAUUGAUGUCGCAAUACCAUGGGACACCCGAGUUGAAGAGAAAGAGAGGGAAAAAUGGAUAAGUAUCAAGAUCUGAAAAUAGAAAUAAGAAGGAUAUGGGAUAUGCCAGUGGAAAUCGUACCCAUAAUCAUAGGAGCACUAGGCACGAUCCCAAGAUCCCUGAAAAGGAAUCUAGAAAAAGUAGAUGCUGAAGUAGCUCCAGGACUCAUGCAGAAGAGUGUGAUCCUAGAAACGGCGCACAUAGUAAGAAAAGUGAUGUACUUCUAAGGAGGUAGGAUGCAACCCGGAGCCCCUCCAGUCGAAUUGGAGGACUGUGAUAAAGCAAAAAAAAAAAAAAAAAAAAAAAAUACUAAUAAUAAUGCGUGUGUGUACGUGCGUAGAUUUUUACAUAAGUUAGCCACUCUCUUUAGAAAGGGCCCACUCAAAGAAAACGGAACAACCUUAACAAUUCUGCUAAUUCCUUUACUCAAGUCUCAUCAAGUUUACCCUGUCUUUAUCGAUCUAGUCCUUUUGUGUAUAAUUGGCGCAUGGGAGAACUAUCCCCUUUCCCCUAAUUGAUGGAUGAGGCGAAAGUAUUGUAUAUUAAGAAAGGACGCCUUCAAUAGGCAUUGUCGUCUCCUUCCCGUGUCAAAGGGAUAUGGUACUAUGAGAUAAUGAAUGACUGGUUCCCUGUCCUGUCUCGUAUUCACAGAAGUAGUCAUUGAUCAUUUCCGUUUCAGGCCUAAUGGAACCUCUGUAGCCUAUAACUUGCUUGUUUUUUUUUUUUUUUUUUUUUUUUCACUUUCUUGUCCUCGUCAAGUUUCCACUUGGCAAAUCACGUGAUAAUCCCACAUUUACAGAGCUUGCUGAAGGUUGCGUAGCUUUUACAAAAUAUGAAAGUUAUGGCUGUAUGGUAGACAUCAAAUGUUAUUGGGUCUGUGGAUAAUAUUAAAGUUCCAUAAAGGAGAAAAUAUAUAUCGGUUUUAAUGAAGAGCUAAAAAUUGCUAGGUCGAAUGUUCAGACUUAAUUCCUGAUUUUUGGAGAGUUAGGAUAAAUAUAUUUGAGUAAAAGUUAAGUAUAUCUUAGUUUUCCAGACCACUCGGCUGAUUAACAGCUCUCCUAGAGCUGGCCCGAAGGAUUAGAUAUAUUUUUACGUGACUAGGAACGAAUUGGUUACCUAGUAACGGGACCUACAGGUUAUUGUGGAAUCCGAACCACAUUGUAUCGAGAAAUGAAUUUCAAUUACCAGAAAUAAAUUCCACUGGUUCCGCGUUGGCCGAGCCGAGAAUCGAACUUCGGCCCACCGAAAUGGUAGCAGAGCGCCAAAUGCACUUGGCCAACGUGGAAAUGUAUAUGAGCAUAAAGCAUACAGAAAUCUGUCUGCAAGAAAUAUAGGCCAUAAAGGAAUUCUAUCAGAGCCUGUAGGCCUUAAAGGAAUUCUGUCAGAGUCUGUAGGCCUUAAAGGCAUUCUGUCAGAGUCUGUAGGCCUUAAAGGCAUUCUGUCAGAGUCUGUAGGCCUUAAAUGCAUUCUGUCAGAGCCUGUAGGCCUUAAAGGCAUUCUGUCAGAGCCUGUGGGCCUAAAGGGAUUCUGUUAGAACCUGUAUGCCUAAAGGGAUUCUAUCAGAGCCUGUAGGCCUUAAAGGCAUUCUGUCAGAGUCUGUAGGCCUUAAAGGCAUUCUGUCAGAGCCUGUAGGCCUUUAAGGCAUUCUAUCAGAGCCUAUAGGUCUAAAAGCAUUCUAUCAGAGCCUGUAUAGGCCUAAAGGCAUUCAUUGAAGUACGCCACCCAGACCAAGAGCAAUGUGCAGGAUUACUCCCGGAGCAAUGGUUCGAAGCUGCUACGCCAUUUUCCUCUUCGCUCUGUGCCUCAGAGGAAUCGUGGCCUUGGGUGAACCUUAUUCCAGCGAAGACGUCUCUGGGAUGGCGAGAUUCAUCUCCGAGUUUGUCCAGCAUCUCAGGAUAUAUUCGCUCUGCAUUUCGUCGACCUCAGGAUCAGCUAAUCUCGCCAAGGAAGUGCUGGCGUCCAUCUCCAGCUAUCUGGUCUUCACGUCCCCUUGCUGUGUGUUCAAGCGAAACCAAAACCGCACGAAGAUCUGCUCCGCCUACGAUAGACACCGCCCUUCCUCCUCCUCCUUCUCCCCCUCCUCCAACUCCUACCCUAUGAGUCAGCACCUGGAGACUUCACCGUCCUCGUCAGCCCCUCCUACGGCAAAGACGCAGAAGAGGAGUAAGAAGAAGUCCCUUCCAAACUUGGCAGAAGUCCACUUGACGUCAGAGGGUGAGAUGGCAGAGGCAACAGAUGACGUCCUUGAGAGGUACCAGUUGACCCAGGGCGCUAUCGCGCUGGUCAUCGUCGGUGUCGACCUGAAAGUGUACCACAAGAAGGGGGUUCGCACCGCCAGGUGGAUUGCCGCUUCGUAUAAGAACCAUUCGGCCUCCAUUUCCGAAGUGUACAGUUUCAGCGACUUCAGGGAGGACCUCUGGCUCGAGAUGGGCCAGUGGCAGGCCUCCAGGGGCGUCUCUCUCAGACACUUCCCUGGGGAAGCCCUUCGCGACUUCCAAGGACACACGAUCCGUACGGCCUUCUUUCCUUACGCGCCUUACAUCAUGACGGGUAGGAAAUGCCCUAGGGCAUCUGCUGACCUGUAUGGGUCAAGCACUACAGCCUUUCAGUAUGACCCGACGUGUGCAUCAGGCCCACCCAGGCACUCGACUGCCAAGGACCUCUACGUCGGAUACCUGAUCGAUGUCGUGGAGGCAUUGGCUGACAGACUGAAUUUCACGUACGAGCUCAUUUUGCCGAAGAACAAAAGCGAUUACAUCUUUGGCGUCGGCGAAGACGACAACUUCCAAGGACUAGUGGGGAUGGUUGUCAGAAAGGAGGCGGACAUAGCCUUGGCGAGCUUGAGUUACUCCAGGAGUCGAAUCAGAUCCAUUGACUUUUCCACGAACGUUGACUAUUUCGAGCGGAAUCUGUACAUACGAGAGGGAGCCACGCAUUCGGCAAUCGGAUGGGGCACAUACGCCAUGUCUUUCGACAAAUGGACCUGGCUAAGCAUCGUCUUCACACUGGUCCUAACCAGCAUCACUUUCUGGAUUCUGAUGGGGAGAGAGAGCGACCCUCCCGAGGACAUCGUCAGGUUCAGGGACAUCCUCUUCAUGUUCUUCAGCUGCACCGUGCAGCAAGGAACCCUGAGUGCCCCGGAAUCCUAUCGCGGAAGGACCGUCUUGUGGAACUUCUGGUUCACGUGCGUCAUUCUCUACGCUGCGUACACGGCUGUCCUGACGUCCUAUUUGACCGUCAGCACAGAGAGCUUCCCCUUCACUACUCUGCAGGGCGCCAUCAAUAGCCACCCGGAGUGGGAGGUUGGCAUUUUGGAAGGGACGCCCCUCAGACAGCUCAUUGAGGACUCCGACGGUCCCUAUCGCAUCCUGAGCCAUCGCCUGGCCAGCGACCCGAGCCUCCUGGUCACUUCGGACACCCACGGCAUUGAGAAGGCCCUGACGGAGAACUUCGCCUUCUUCGCGGACACGCCCUUCCUCCAGUACAUGCUGAGGGACAACUGCUCCAUCAGCGAGAUCCCGGUCGGCCUGUUUUUCACCUACGGGCAUUUAGGCCUAGCCAAAAAUCUCCCCUACGUCAACAUACUCGACAGUGAGCUCCUCAAGAUGAGCGACGCCGGAGUCAUGGACCGCAUGUACCGCAGGUGGUGGGGCCACAAGACGCCCUGCAAAGAGCCGGAACCGUUCACAAAGCUCGAUUUCAGCCACACCGUCUCCGCCUUCCUCCUCCUCCUCCUCGGAGUCGUGAUCUCCGCCCUGUCUCUGGUCUUGGAGAUGCUCUGGUUUCGCUGGGAAAAGAGGAAGAAGAGUAAGAAGAAGAAAGUCAACACAGCAGUUAGCGCGCUUGUCGGGAAGUCUGCUGCAAGUCUUCGAUUGGAUUGAUUCUUGAGAUCACAAGAAAGAUUACUUGUCAAUAGGAGUAUAUAUAUUAAUAUAUAUAUAUAUAUAUAUAUAUAUAUCUAUAUAUAUAUAUAUAUAUAUAUAUAUUAAUAAUUACACUGAUAAAAAUUACAAAUUACGUCUAGACUGUAUUCAUCCAUUUUCUUAAUAGCAAUCUCUUUCAAACACUGUCAGUAAUAAAGUAU